CUAAUCUAACUUAAGCAGAAAGCCCUGUUCCGCUUCUGCCUCUGACGUAUCUUAAGCAACUUUACGGCACAUGAUUGGAUAGUCUCGUUACGGAGAGCGCAUUCAGCCCUUUAUUCCGCUUUCAUCCAUGAGCCAUCUUGACCUUUCCGUGAUUUGUUUGCCCUGCGACCGGCUACAAGAUUCCCUGAUGAGCUCUUCAGGCGAAAGCAUAUCUUGCUAGAAUGCUUAUUCGAAAUCUGUCUUUGACCCCAAGUGCUUCCUCGAUCCAUGCAUAAUAUGAUGGGGUCAAUUUCGCCACUGAUGGAGCAGAUCAACAAUAGCAAUUGGAUGCCGCAGCAGGAGGCAGAAUCGCUUCGUGACGAGUUCUACUAUCAAAAUGCCGUACAGACCUACGUCCUGACAAUUCCUAUCCUUAAUACCAUUGGCCUUCGCGAUGGGUCGGAAGAUGCGUUCGGAAGCGGGUAUAAUAUCCUUCCGAUCUGGAAAGAUCGCAUGGAUAGUCGCGCCUGGGUUCCUACGCCUAAUGCUGAUGUCAUCUACUCCAUGAGCUACCUUGAUCUGAAGAAGGACGGCCCUCUCGUCGUGGCUGCGCCGCCAAAUGUUAUCGGCAUGUUCACGGACUUCUACCAGCGUACGAUCACCGAUGUGGGGGCGAUCGGCCCGGACGGCGCGAAAGGCGGGCUCUACCUGCUUCUACCACCAGACUACGAGCAAGGAGUACCGAAAGGUUACUUUGCUUUCCAGUCAUCCACAAACAACGUGUUCCUGUUCUUCCGUACCAUCAUGCCCCAGGGCGAUAAUGGACCCGAGCCGGCUCCAGCUGUCGCAAAUGCCGAGCAGACCCGCAUCUAUCCGCUAUGGGCGCCUGAAAAGGACGUGAAGCCGAUGGAAUUUCCGAACGGCAGCGGGAAACAAGUAAACAUGAUGUACCCAACAGACAGCUCUUAUUGGACGAAACUCAAGGCUUUUGUCGACUAUGAGCCAGUGGAUUCCAUCGAUCCUGUUACGCGCGGCAUUAUGGCCUCGGUGGGCAUUAUCAAAGGCUCCCCGUUCGAACCAAACGAUAAGCAGAAUGCAGCUCUGCAAAGAGCCGUCGAGACUGCACCGAAAAUGAUUCUGGCGGGCCGCCAACUCGGACGACCAGAUAGGCGCGAAUUCUAUUUCAAGGAUCGCCAAUAUCAGAACACCUGGGCUGGCGCCACGGCGGAAUGGAUGCAGGACAGCUACCUCGACGUCGUCCAAAGAGCGUCCUAUUUCCAGGUCGCGUAUUCUUCGUCUCCGGCAAUGGUGAUGCGCACCAUCGAUGCGGGUUCGAAAUAUCCCUUUGCGACGCGUGACGCCGACGGCGAAUUUCUCGACGGCUCAAUGUCUUACAAGCUUCACCUCCCACCGCAUCCCCCUGCAGCUCUGUUCUGGGCAGUCACGGCGUACAACAUCACUGACGGGACGAUGACGGCAGCUAAGCAGCUUAUGCCCUCAAUCAACGGGAUGAGCAAGGUGAAGACCAACGACGAUGGAUCGGUAGAUCUGUAUUUUGGACCGAGCCAACCUGCAGAGGCAGCGGACACCAACUGGAUACAGACAGUUCACGGCCGUAACUUUCUGGCCGCCCUUCGUCUUUACGGUUCUGGCUUGGAGUUCUUCGACCAGACUUGGAAACCGGACGAUCUGGUAAAACUCAAGUAAGCGGGAAACCGAGCGAAGAUUGCUAACAGCAUCGGCUAUUGUCGCCUCGCGGACAAAUUCUACAUGGUGGUGGAAGAGUGGAUGUGGAUCUUAGUUACUCCGGGACGUCCUCAUCCUAGAUACUUAAGCUUAGGUAUGCUAUAGUAGCUAAGUUCACCUAGGAUUUUAUUUGUUGCGAAGCGCGGCGAAAUAUUAUACGCAACAUCAAUAGGGGAUGCCAGGAUGGUAAACCAAAACGUGACUUUUGAGGGUUUCCAGUUGGUCUCAAUGGAUAAUAGAGUCCUAGUAAACUGAGUAAUUGAUCGCGAAGAACUAAAUACAUGAUGG